AUGCAAUCAUCCCAGUCACCACUCACCGGCCUGCGUGUCGUCGAGCUCACCGAAGCGCUCGCCGGCCCCUAUUGCGCGAUGAUGCUCGGCGACCUGGGGGCCGAGGUGGUCAAGGUCGAGCGCCCUGGCGUCGGCGAUCAGUCGCGUGGCUGGGGGCCGCCGUUCGUCGACGGCGAGAGCGCUUAUUUUCUGUCUACCAACCGCAACAAGCGCAGCCUCGAACUCGACAUCAAGUCGGCCGAUGACCUCGCCCUGCUGCACCGUCUGAUCGAGCGUGCUGAUGUCUUCUUGACCAACAACCCGCGGCUCGAAUCGCUGCAGCGCGCCGAGCUCGACCCGGCGACUCUGGCCGAGCUCAACCCACGGCUGAUCUGGGCCGGCAUCAGCGGCUACGGCCACACCGGCCCGCGAGCCGGGAGGGCGGGCUAUGACCUGAUCGCCCAAGGCGAGGCCGGGCUGAUGGCGCUGACCGGCGAGCCCGACGGUGGGCCGGCGCGGUUUCCGACCCCGAUGGCCGACAUCUCGGCCGGCCUCUACACCCUGAUCGGUAUUCUGUCGGCCUUGUGGGCCCGUGAUCGUCCCGGCGGCAGCGGCCGUGGUCAGGCGGUCGACGUGGCGCUGCUCGACAGCCAAGUCACCUGGCUCGCCAACCUCGGUGGCAGCUUGCUGGCAACUGGCCAGAAACCGGGCCGGCUGGGCAACGUCCACCCGUCGAUCACCCCGUACCAGCCGUUGCGAGCCCGCGACAAACUGCUGCUGGUGGCGAUCGGUAGCGAGCGCUUGUGGCAGAAGACCUGCCGCCUGCUGGGCGCCGCCGACAGCCUCGGCGCCGACCCCCGUUUUGCCGACAACACCGGGCGCAACCAGCACCGCGACGAAAUCGUCAGCGAACUCGAGCAGCUUCUAGCGGACCGCAACGCCGCCGACUGGCUGGCCGACUUCGCCGCCGCCGGCAUACCCGCCGGCCCGAUUCACCUGCCCGAGGAAACCCUGCAAGACGAGCAGCUCAAAGCCCGUGGCAUGGUAGUCGAGCUCGAACACCCGAUGCUCGGCCUGGUGCGCUCGAUCGGCUGUCCGAUCCAGCUCUCGGCUGGCGGCCCGACCUACCGGCGCCAUCCGCCGUGGCGCGGUGAGCACAACGACGAGAUCCGCGCCGAGCUGGCAACCGUAGGCUGA